GUGUUGAGGAUCUGUCUUGUCUUGUCGCUGAACGGAUCGCUGGAUUGGUGAUUGCUGGAUCGCUGUCUUCUUUUUCUCAAUAACGAUUCUCUACUAUCACUAUCACCACAAGUUUGUCAAGACCCAUUCAAGAUCAAAACGCACAUUGACGACAAAAAGAUUCUAGAUAUGAAAUAUUGUAGGUAUAGAAAUCUCUUCCAAGACAGCUGAUGAAUAUAAAAUGAAUUUGCGAGUUACCCUUUGAGUACAACACUUUGCUAAGAUCCGCAACAAUGGAGACAUUAGCUCCUACCACACAAGAUGACAGUUCAGGGGCAAAUCCGAGCAGUGUCAAGAGUGAUGACAGCAGCCCUCGGCAUGAGAGUGGCCGGGGCUCCCCUCCCCCUAACUGUGCUAUCUGCUUAGGAACAUGUCGCAAUAACUCAUUCACUGAUUCCUGUUUACACCAGUUCUGUUUUAAAUGUUUAUUAACAUGGAGCAAAGUAAAGCCAGAGUGUCCUUUGUGCAAACAGACUUUUCGUUCUAUAAUACAUAAUGUGAGAUCCAAUCAUCAAUAUGAAGAAUACAUGGUUGAACAGCGACAAACAGAGGAGGCCACAGAAAGGAUAGAUAUAAACACACUGGCAACAACUCGCAGGUUUAGAUACAGGACGACGCUGACGCUGCCGCGGCGCGAGUCGCUGGCCAUCCAGCAGCUGCUGCUGCACUACCCCAUGAUGGCGGACGUGCUGCCCGCGCCGCCGCCCGCCGCGCGCGCGCCGCGCCGCCGCUCGCCCGCCGCCUUCCGCCGCACCGUCUACCGGCACAACCUGUGGGCACGCCCGCUUCCCGACUUCACGGGACGCUUCAGGGACUGUUCGCCCUUGUUUUAUAGGUAUAAUGACUCACAAGUGCAUCGGCUAGUGCCAUGGCUCACCCGAGAACUUCACUAUUUAUUAAAUGAGAAUGUGGGACACAUAUCGUACGUGAUAACGAGGAUCCUGGAGAUCCUGCCGCAGUACCAUAUUAACUCUCCGGAGUUCAGGGAGACGAUGCUGCGCUACUUCGGCGACAGGACGGACCACUUCCUGCACGAGCUGUACUGCUUCGCCUCCACGCCCUACGACAUGACCGGCUACGACCACAACGUGCAGUACACCACCGUUCCCGCCCCUGCGCGCAAGUCUCAGGACAAGGACAGGAAGGCAGACAAUCGUCGACCGGAGCGAGAGAGUAGAAGACUGAAAAGUGUAGUGAAAGUCGUAAACGGCCACAAGAAUUCGAGUGAUUCAAACUCAAAUGGCAGCCCGCGCGGCGCCAGUGAUACUAGUGCGGUUGCUAAUUCUGUUGUAGCGAAUUCUAGCUCGUGUUCGCCUUCCACGAAGCCGGAGUUGGGCCGGCGGAGUGUGAUCACGCACAGGUACGCGCUGCAGCCGGCCACCAAACACGAUACUGACGGAACCUCGGAUUCGGAAGACGAUCUGCCCUUAAAUCUGACUGUGAAAAGAAACUCUUGUUCUUGA